UCUUUUUCUCCCCCUUAGCUUGUAAUCUAUCUAUCCAUCCAACUUAAAGGAAUCAAAAUGAUUGAUUUCUAGUGGAAAUCCAACCUAUGAUAUAUACCUAUAUAUUAUUCUUUUCCUCCCUUUGAAAAAGUUUUCAUCUUUUUGACAAUUCUCUUGAAAAUUUUCAACUCAAAUAGUAUGUUGAAACUGACAAAAUCCCAGUACGAAAAGUUAUUGAUUUUUACUUGAAAUCUUGUCAAUUCCAAUUUGGGUUUUUGUUAUAUUUAGUGUUUAAACAUAACCCAUUAAAAAAGUUUUAAUCUUUUUCAAAUUUUCUUGAAAAGUAUAAGAAAAUCUUGAAAUUUUUAAUGGCUACUGAAGAAUUGAUUGAAGUCAAAUUUAGAUUACCUGAUGGAAGUGAUAUUGGACCAAGCAAAUACAGUUCUACUACAACUGUGGCAUAUAUCAAAGAGAGAAUAAUUUCACAAUGGCCUAAUGAAAUAGCGAAUGGGCCUAAGACAAUAAACGAUAUGAAGCUCAUCAAUGCUGGAAAAAUACUGGAAAACAACAAAACGCUUGCUGAAUCCCGGUCUCCUGUCAGUGAAGUUCCUGGAGGUGUGAUCAUUAUGCACGUUGUUGUUCGUCCUCCAAUGGCAGACAAAAACAAUGAAAAAUCCCAAGACGCCCACGAAAAGAGUAGUUGUGCGUGCACGAUCCUGUGAUUGUAGGAAGCUUAUAUGCUUGAAGACGUUUCUUACACAGAUUACAAAUUACAUUCACCGAGUUCUUAAAUUAAGAGGCUGCCAUAUUUCAUUCAAAACUAUCUCCUCAAUCCUAGGGAUACAAGUUUGACUGUAUGUUGUAGUUUUAUAUCAUAUAUAGUCAUAGCGUACUAGAACAAAGUGGAAAGAUAUAUUAUUUUGAGUUUGAGUAAAUUGUUAUAAAUAUGAAAAAGAUUGAAGGCCUAUAA